AGUUUAUAAAUUUUCCUUCAACUUCAACUAAAAAAAAUGAAAAUUUUAGUAGUGUUGUCGAUUUGCAUUUUUUAUGCGAGUCAUAACUUUGUGAAUGGAGAUGAUCAGGUCGCAGUAGUUUCAGACAACGAGAGUGUGAGCACUUCUGAAGGAACCCAACCAGAAGCUCAAAAUGAGAGUGGAAGCGCUUCUGAAGGAAGUCCAACUCAAACAGCAGCUCAAAAUCAGGAGAGUGGAAGCACUUCUGAAGGAAAUCCAACACAAGGAGCAGAUCAAAAUGAGAGUGGAAGCACUUCUGAAGGAAGUCCAACUCAAACAGCAGCUCAAAAUCAGGAGAGUGGAAGCACUUCUGAAGGAAGUCCAACUCAAACAGCAGCUCAAAAUGAGAGUGGAAGCACUUCUGAAGGAAAUCCAACACAAGGAGCAGAUCAAAAUAGCACAAAUGACGUAGAGGGAAAAAUUUUCGUUCAGUCAUGCUGGGCAAGUGGAACAAAAGUCGGAAGCAAUUCGAUCCAAAAUGGAAAUGGAAAUGGGGUUCGGACUACUACUACUCGCAGAACUACACCAAGACCGACUACUCGAACCCCUCGCCCAAGGCAGAGUGUUGGAAUGGGAAUGGGAACAUUCUAAUGGUUGUAGAGAUUGUCAACAUCGUUCGUAACGUCAGAUUGACCAACAAAUUAUUUUUUUUAAACAAAUUUGUGUAAAAAUAAAAUAAAAAUCCAAAGCAGUUCAGGAAGUGUGUAGACUAACAAAAAACUUAUU